AUGUCUGCGCACAAUGAAACGUUAAUGGAGUACACAAAUAAAAUAAAGCAUACAUAUGAAGCUUUGCAUAGAGCAGAGUACGAAAACAAUGAAGAACUGACCGCAAUUGCAUCUAUGCUUCUAAAAGAAGAUAUGUUUGCAUACUUAGCAGAAAUCACUAGCGGUGUGAAUCAUGCAAUAGCUAAAAUUGAAAGCCUAAGAAACAGCUCUCUUAUAACAGAACAAAAUAUUGCAGAGUGCGAACACAAAAGAACCCUGAUCAAGAAUUAA